CUUUGUCUAUCUCUGUGUCUUUUUCUCUCACACUCAGCAUACAAAACGGAGGGAGAAGGACUGAACAGGGGGGUCGAAAAAGGUAAAAGACAGGAAUAGGAACAACCAGGGUGGGGGAGGGCGCAGAAAAGAGACACGGGGAAGAAAAAAAACAAGAAAAAGAAGAUCCUGCUCUCCGUACUCGGAUCGGGAGCCGUAGCGAGUGUGAAGGUGAAGAGAGAGAGAGAUGAGGCAGUUAAAGAAACAAGGAGGGAGGUGUCCCCCGUCCACCCGGGCUCGCGGGGGGAGGAAGAGGGGGGCGGCCGAGGCCCCGCCGGGGGGGAAUGCAAAGAAAGACAAGGUCAGCAAACUAACCCACGACAGACCCCCACAAGCCACGCCCCCCGGCCCUACCACGCGCAAACAAACUCCGUCCGCUUCCGGCGGCUCACCGAAAGAGCCAAUCGGCAGCUGCGAAGCCCUAAAGAAGGAGGGACCUCGACUGCAGACGGCAAGGAAGCCCACAGAGGGAGGGGAGGGGGCGAAGGAAGGCGGGGCUUACGGGAUCAACGCCUCCAAACACACAGAGUCCAGCAUCAAAACCCUCCCCCCGGCUCUCCCCCCAGCCCUCACCCUGGCCCUCACCCCGGCCCUCACCCCGGCCCCCAGCCUCAUCACCGUGUCCAGCAGGAAGACGGCCACGUUUAAAGCCCGCAUCCCCAAGAAGAAGUACAUGUAUGAGCAGCACUGUGCCAGCAAAACCCCCGCCUUCUCCGCCGCCAGCCCCCCCUUUGCCACCCAGACCCACACACAGCACAGCUACCACAACAGCCUCAGCAACACUGAGGGCAACAACUCCAACAGCUUGAUUGUCAGUAACGACAGCUCCAAGACUAAUGGUAACACCAUUAGUAACAACAGUAGUAACAGCAGAAGUAACAACAGUAGUAACAGCAGUAGUAAUAUUGAUGGCCGUAAUGCCAACACAAACAAUAUGAGCAACAGUAGUUGUAAUAGUAGUACCUGUAACAGUAACAGCAUUAGUAACAGCAUUAGUAACAGCAUUAGUAACAGCGUUAGUAACAGCAUUAGUAACAGCAUUAGUAACAGUUCUAUAGGCAGUAGCAAUUGUAGCCUCUUAUUGGCUCCUGGUGUGUUAGCCUGUGAGGAUCCCAGGCAUCCGGAGGUUAACAGUCACACAGGGGACCCCCUGGUGGAAGACGGACCCACAGGGGCCUCGAGGACAGCAGCUCCCCCAGACAGAGAGCUCCAGAGCAGGGAGACGGAGGCAGAGGGGGCCCCUAACUCAGUCCGCUCGUCUUCCACAGACACAGCCAGCGAACACUCGGCAGACCUGGAGAUCAUGGACCCCACCGUCCACAGUGUGCCUCCCCCACUGCCCGACCUCCUCACGGGCCCUCACCACAGACACAGCACCCUGGACCCCCCCAGCCCCAGUGGGGCCAGGGUGUCUGGGGGACUGGCGGACACCCUGGCCAGGGGUCUAAAGAACCAGAGGGUCCUGGCCCGCAGACGAGCCAAGUGGACGGCUGCAGGGGAGGAGGGGGGGAGGGAGAGAGCCUCGACAGCCCAGUCCCCUGUCUUCCGGACGGGGGUGGUGUGGAGGGUGAGCGGGGGCACCAUGGAGGUGCAGCUGCAGGGGGAGGAGGGGCUGGUCCGCUACCCCUUCCGAGGCGGGGAGCUGACCUCCCCCCAGCCGGGGGAGGACACGGCCGUGGAGGUCAUCUCGGACGCCCCUCCUCCGGGGAGUUGCUCCGUGGCCAUCGGGACUCGCGUGUGCGUGCCUUUCGGGGGAGGUGGGGGAGAGGGGGUGGAGGAGGCCGGGGGGGGACAGCUGUACAGGGAAGGGGUCGUCUCCCAGGUGGACCCCCAUCCGGCGGUGUCUUUCCCCUACAGGGUGCUUCUGGUCGAGGACAGGGAGGACCCGGAGGGGGGAGGGAGGGGGGAGGAGGAGAGGAGGAGGUCCCAGGCCGUGUGGGUGUCCAGGCAGAGCCUUCGUCUGCUCACCCCACCGUGGGAGCUGCCCCAGACGGAGGGAGGGAGGGAGCGAGAGAGGGACAGGGAGAGGGAGGAGCGGGAGAGGAGGGAGGAGAUGGAGGUGGAGAGGGAGGUGUGUCAGUUAAGUAUCGGGAUGGUGCUGGGAGAGGGCGGGGCCAUGUUGGGUCACGGGUUCUCGCCGGCGGCGAUAGUGGGGGGGCGUCACUACGGCAGCGUUCCUCCAUCACACUCUCCGGCGGGGACCACCAGCGUUGUAGCUGGCGCCGCGCUCGGCCGAGCUACGGAGGGAGAGGGUCAGGCUUACCCCGACAGAGAGGCAGAAAGAGACAGACAGAAGCAGCCACACACCCCAGAGGAAGACAUGGAAGUGACCCAGUUCAGCAUGGCCUUAUCCGACACCCCCAAAGCCGGCGUGGCCCCCCAGCACCGCCACAUCCUCUCCAAGCCCCCCAUGAUCUUCCCCUCCGUCUCCCCCCACCUCACUGUGGUCCGGGGCCUGGGGACGCCCCCCCACCACCUCGCCGGCCCCCAGCCCCCACCCCCUUCCCCUGCCGAGCCGGGUGCCACGGAGACGAGCGUCGGUGGCGGCGCUCCGCACCCGAAGACCACCCCCUCCCAGACCCCGACGACGCCCGCCGGAGAAGGCGGGUGCUCGGGGUCGACCUCGACGACGUCCUCCUCGUCGCGCUCACGCACCCCGCUUUCCCUGGCCCAGCAGAAGUACAAGAAGGGCGACGUGGUGUGCACGCCCAACGGCAUCCGCAAGAAGUUCAACGGGAAGCAGUGGCGGCGGCUGUGUUCUCGGGACGGCUGCUUGAAGGAGUCGCAGCGGCGGGGCUACUGCUCGCGCCACCUCUCCAUGAGAACCAAGGAGAUGGAGGGGGCCGGCGGAGGCGGGGGCGGGGGCGGGGGGGACAGGGAGCGCUGCGGUGGUGGAGGAGGAGGGAGCAGCUCGGGCACGGUCACGCCCUCCGACCUGCGCGGGCGGGCGAGCAGCGAGUUCGACUGGGACGAGACGUCGCGCGACAGCAGCGAAGCCAGCAGCAGGGGGGGGGACUCGCGGCCCCGCCUCGUCCUGCCCUCGCUCCUCCCCCAGGACUUCUCGUCGCGCUUCGACUUUGAUGAGUGCGAGGCGGCGACCAUGCUGGUGUCGCUGGGCAGCUCCCGCUCCGGCACGCCCUGCUUCUCGCCCAUCUCCAACCAGUCGCCCUUCUCCCCCGCCCCCUCGCCCUCGCCCUCUCCUCUAUUCGGCUUCCGCCCCGCCAACUUCUCCCCCAUCACCGCCUCCCCGGUCCUCCCCCACCGGCGCCACCGGCAACCCAGUGGGACGGGGGCCAAGCUGGGGGCCCCGGGGGGUGGUGAGAGGGACAGACACCCCUCGGGGGCCCAGCCUUCUUUCCACAACAACCUGACCUUCACCGUUCCCAUGAGCCCCAGCAAGCGCAAGGCUGACGCGACUCCGGCCUUGCCACCGCCCUCGCACGCCCACGAUUACCCCCCCAAGGCUGAACUGGAGCAGGGCAACAUCAACUCGGCCUCCUUUCGCGUCCUUUCCCCACAGACACACUCUCGCACGCACACCCCCACCUUCCCCCGACCCAGGGGGGUGAACACACCCUCCAGCCGGCCCCCCUCCUCCACCGCCGCUUCCCCUCCUCCACUGCUGGUAUCCCCUACGCCCCCCUCUCCCCUCCCCCCAGACACCGGGCCCCGCCACGUUGCCCCGGUGUCCCAGCAGGCCUUGCGGGACUCCCCGGUGAUUGUAAGAAACCCGGAGGUCCCAUUGGCCAAGUUCACCGAGCGUCCAAAAACCUCCACAGACCCGAGCCAUGCCCCCCAGCCCUCCUCCACUCUCCAGGUGCCCGUCCCCAUCAAUGCGGCGGCCACGGUGACCAACGGAACCGUCCUCCUCCGAAGCCCCGCCCCCACCCUGGUGCUGGUGACCUCGGCUCCUCCCUCCUUCAACGCUGUCGGCACUUGCAGCCCCACCCAGACGCUCUCGAUCGCCAUCGGCACGGCGAUCGGAGGCCCCGCCCCCGGCAACCCUGCCAGCCCCGGAGGGAGGGGGGCCCAGGGGGGCCAGGUGUUUGGGGGGGAGCUGCAGCAGCCGUUGGCGUGCCACCCCUCCCCCACCGCACUGCUGCCCCUCCUCCUGCCUGCGGAGAACCCCCACCCUGCGCCACGCAAAAACAUCAUCAUGGGACGCCCCGGGACGGUGUGGACCAAUGUGGAGCCCCGAUCUGUUCCUGUGUUUCCAUGGCAUUCCUUGGUGCCUUUCCUGGCACCUACCCAAACAGAUGCCUCAACUCAGCCUGUGGACGGACAACAACCAGCCCACCACCCCCAAGUGGCUAACCUUAAGACAGAGUCUCAGGGAGGCGCUGUGCUGCUCCAGGAGUGCGUGGAGGCACCCCCCACCCUGGAGAGGGGUCCUCCGCCCCGCCCCAUCGCCCCCACGGAGGAGCCGCCCCCAGACAGGGAGGCGGAGAGGGCCGACAGCGAGACAGAGAGUGACGUGGACGACCCGUUUUUCCCUAGCGUUUUACCUGAUCAGCCCCUUUCCAUUACCCCUGUGAAGAGACGCACUCAGUCCCUCAGCGCCCUGCCAAAAGAUGGAGACAAGGCCAGCCCGGGAAAGAGGGAGAAAGACCAUAUCAGGAGGCCCAUGAACGCCUUCAUGAUCUUCAGCAAGCGUCACCGUGCUCUGGUCCACCAGCGGCACCCCAACCAGGACAACCGCACGGUCAGCAAGAUCCUGGGAGAGUGGUGGUACGCCCUGGGCCCCAAGGAGAAGCAGAAGUACCAUGACCUCGCCUUCCAGGUGAAAGAGGCUCAUUUCAAGGCCCACCCAGACUGGAAGUGGUGCAACAAAGACAGGAAGAAGGCCGGCGCUGAGGGUCGAGGGGUCCCUGGGGGCAAAGACAUCAGAGAGAGGAGCAUGUCUGAGACCACGGAGCCCCAGUCCUUGUCCCUGGGCCCGGAGCUGAAAGGGGUCGCAGCAGGCCUCGCGGGCGUGUCGGAGCGGGCCGUGGCCGAGGGUCACGUGGGCAAGCUGACCCGCCCACGGGCCUUCUCUCAGAGUGCCAUGCACAGCCUGGAGAGGAGCGAGAGGGGCAACACCCAGGCCCUGGCUGAGCUCGCCCAGAUGUGUGGCGACGGAGGGGGCCAGUUUGCGGGCCGCGCCCCGCCCCUCUCUCGCUCCCAGCGGGGGGUCAGCGAGGACAUGACCAGCGACGAGGAGCGCAUGGUCAUCUGCGAGGAGGAGGGGGACGACGACGUGAUCGAGGACCCCUACCCCAGCAGCUCUAUAGACCUCAAGUGUAAGGAGAGAGUCACUGACAGCGACAGCGACAACGCGUCUGGGGAUGAGAGCAGCCGCAAGCGAGUGUUCGCUCCGGUCAUCUGUUCUUCCUCCUCCUCCGUUUCCCGGCCCUCGCCACACGGCAGGAGUGUCUCUCUAUCCUCCUACCCGACCAAACGCUAUGAAGGAGGAGGAGGAGGGGGGGGGGCCACAGGGGGACUGUCAGACCGCAGGAGGAGGAGGGGAAUAGAGGGAGGAGGCGGGGGAGGAGAGGGGGAGCGUAACGAUGGAUUUGAAGGAGGAGGAGUAGCUUCCCUCUCUCUCUCGUUCUCCUCCUCAGGCCAGUCGGUCAUCUCCAGCUUUCCGUCCGGAGGGCUCCCUCCCUCCAGCGCGACCUCCCUGGGCCUGAGUCCUCUCCUGGGCCUGGGGGCGGUGAGAGUGGCCUCUACGGUGGUCACCAACGUGGUUCGUCCUGUGGUCAGCACUCCGGUCCCCAUCGCCAGCAAACCCAGAGACGGCGGGGCCACACCGAACCUACACCCGCCUGACAGGAAGUCCCUCCCUCUGCAGCAGGCACAGCUUCUCAUUGGCUCCGGACCAGGAAGUGGGACAGCGGUAGGGGGUGGGUACUUCUCCUCGUCCUCACCCAAUGCCGUAGGCGCAGGGGCGGGUCCCGGCGGGGUAGUGACCAAUCUGGUGUUAGGAGGCGCGUUUAAUGCACAACCUACCGUCCAGCUCAUCAGCUCCUCCCACCAGCCGAUAUCCCAGCACCAGCUCCCGCCCACAGCCCCGGUCUCCACAUCCCAGCACGGCCAAACCAACGGACCCCUGCCUCACCCCUUGCUCCAGCCCCAGUUCCUCCCCGCCUCCUCUCUAGCGCCCCCUGGGGGUAAAGCCAUCACACAGGUCCAGUACAUCCUGCCCACCCUCUCCGAAAGCACCAACCCCAAGAGCCCCCCUCAGCAGAUCAGCCAGCCAACCAGUAUCUUCAACCUGCCCACAGCUCCGCCCACACACGUGUCCUUGGCCAAUGGGAAGCAGCCGGGCUUGAGCUCUCUGUCGGGGUAUGCCUCCAGUCCAGCUGUAGGCGUUGUCAGUCCAGGAGCCAGAGUGCAAACACAAUCCCCGGUCCUCCAGGGCAAGAUGUUGGUUCCCAUGGCAACAGUGAGGACAGCCCCUUCCCAGCAGUUUCCUACCGUGGCUCCGCCUCUUCCUGUCCAGAAUGGCGCUCAGACAGGAGGCAAGCUGAUCCAGAUUACCCCCCUGCCAGUCGUCCAAUCACAGCUCUCGCAGGGCGGAGCCGUGCAUCCUGGAAACCACUUCCCCGUAACCAUGGGAGCGGCUGCGGUGGUGGCCCCUGGCUCCGCCCCUCAGACCGUGCUGCUGCCGACUCCUCCCACCAGGAUCACCUAUGUCCAGUCCACGCCCGGAGUCGCCUCCCCUCUGCCUCUGGUCUCCACGACGACCGGCUCCUCCUCCCAGCAGCCCCUGCCCUCCCCCGGACCUGCGUAUGUCCCGUCGCCCCUGGCAACGCUGGGAUUCACAGCCAUCGCCCCCCCAGGACAGACCCUGAUGCAGCCCCUCAUAGCAGGCCAGCCCCCCUUGCCCUCCGCCCCAUCUCCUGUGACCGGCACCACCAACCAGAUCGUCACCGCCAUCUACCCUCCCUCCCCCAGCGUCACCUUGGCAACAGGGGUGGUCUCCAUGACAACGGUGCCCCCCAGCGUGGUCUAUACAGUCUCUAGCGCCUCCGGCAUGUCUCCCCACAUCCUGCCCAAACAUUCCCCGGCCCCCCAGCCCCCUGCCGACCGGCAGACAGACAGGCACCUGGCCCCUGAGAGGCCGGGAGACAGGCAGGCAGACAGACAGCCUCACUUCCAGACAGACAGACAGGCGGAGAGGCAGACAGAGCUAAAGACACACGGUCAGACAGACAGACAGACGUCCAGUAAGAACCACGGCUCCACGGCAGGCUCCGCGCGGCCCGCCAGCCCCCCUCCGCCCACACACACGCCCGGCAGUGGCCCAGGCCCCCUUAAACUCCCCCAGCACCCAGUUAAGACCCCUCAGAAAGUCAAAGCCACAGUGGCCAACAUUCCCGUCGGCAGCUACGAAGGAGGAGGGCGCGGGAAGGAGAGGGACAAGGAGAGGGACAAGGAGAACAGCCGCUUCUCCUUUGAGGCGGAGCGGACGGCCUCCCCCUCCACGCACCCUCCUGAGGAGGCCCCCUCCUCGGAGAGACCCCCGGAGGGAGCGAGGGACGCCUCGGACCCACGGGGCAAGGAGAGCGCCAACAAAGAGGUGGCGUGGAAAGACACCCUCCCCUCCUCGUCCUUGCCUCCUCCCCCUGCCUCAGACCCUGCCCUGCCUCCGCCCCCCAGCGACAAAGAUGCCCCCCCUCCCAAGAAGGUGAAGGCUCGCCCCCCCCCCCUCAAGAAGACCUUCGACUCUGUGGACAAAGUGCUGUCGGAGGUGUAUUUUGAGGAGCGCUUCGCGGAGCUUCCUGAGUUCCGGCCGGAGGAGGUGCUGCCGUCGCCCACGCUGCAGAGCCUGGCCACCUCCCCCCGCGCCAUCCUGGGCAGCUACCGCCGCAAGAGGAAGAACUCCACAGACCUGGACUCGUCCACGGAGGACCCCGUCUCCCCCAAGAGGAAGAGCCGACGGCGGUCCAGCUGCAGCUCGGAGCCCAACACCCCCAAGAGCGCCGCCAAGUGUGAGGGAGACAUCUUCACCUUCGACAGGCCAGCGCCCCCCUCCGUGUGCCCCUCCCCAGGCACGGACGGAGAGGACAUCCUGGGAGAGCUGGAGUUUGACAAGGUGCCCUACUCGUCCCUGCGCCGCACGCUUGACCAGAGGAGGGCCCUGGUCAUGCAGCUGUUCCAGGAGCAUGGCUUCUUCCCCUCGGCCCAGGCCACUGCAGCUUUCCAGGCACGCUACUCGGACAUCUUCCCCACCAAGGUGUGUCUGCAGCUAAAGAUCCGAGAGGUCCGGCAGAAGAUCAUGCAGACGGCGGCCCCCUCUGAGACCCCCGGCCUGGGGGCCCCCGACUCCUCGUCCCUCCCCGGGCCCUCGGGGGCCCAGACGGGGGAGGGGGUCGGUGGAGGAGGUGCGGAGCAGCCGGGCGAGGAGGCGGAGCGGGAAGGGGAGCCCAGCCUGGAGGAGCCUCACGAUUCACAGGACUCGUCUAGAUGAGAGGCAGUGAUAGGCUGCUGGAUUGACCAAUCCGUUCAACACUCCAGUGCUCCCCUCUGGUCGCCCUCCUCCUCUUCUGUUUCUUUCCAUCUUCAGGAGCAAACGAGUGUGUGAGACUUUAAAGGGUUGUUUGGGUCUGUAGGAGGCAUGGAUAAAGAACUUGAAAUGGGUAUAUAAAAAAAAAAAACGACAAACUACAAAACAAAUUAUUCUCUCUUACCAAAAAAGGACAUGUGAACCACCAGUGGCAUACAGACAAACGUACUCAUCACACACACACACACACAAACCACACUUGAAUUAGUUUUUAUUCAUUUGUAUUAAGGCUUCCAUUGAUGCCAGUGAAGCCCCCUCCUGCUCUGAUACUUGUUGCCUUGAAGCAGCAGGGGUCUUUUGGGGUCUGCUGGGUCCCGCUCACAUCACACUGCUCGACUAACUGUUGAUGUCUCUGUUGUAUUUUCUUUUUUUAUACAUAUUGGACUUUUUUGGAGGGAAAAGCAGUCAUUGGUUGCUUUUGAGGAAGUGGUCUCUAUCGUCUUGUCUUUGAUUGGCUUGUUUGUUUCUGUGGAACAUGAGGGGGCUGGCUCCCCCCAACCACCUGCCUAGGGACGAAGCGAUUGGACGAUACCGUUGUUUUAUGAGAUCAAUUUAAGGAAGAUCCUUGUUUUAUUGGUUGCUUUAUCUCUGUUGUAUUUCCACCAAAGCUGACAUUCAGACGGGGUCAAGACAGCAGAUGGUUCGGGGAUGAAAUGACAAACUCGGCUCCAGUCAACUUUUGGCAGUACCACCAUUCCUGCUCAUUUCCCCACCGGUCUGGCCUUGCCUUCCCGUGAUUGGCUAUAGCAGACGCCAGUAAGGGGAUUACCAAGCAUUCCUGUGCCUCUCAUUCGCUAGCCAUGAAGGAAAGGGGCGGGAAGACAGUCAUUGGGCACAUCCUUGUUCUUAACGGGACGUUAUUUUGUUGCUCGCCUCAUCCAAACUUUGAGUUUUAAAGGAGUUUUAGACUUUGAGUUGAUAAACCAGAGGAUAUAAGGGCUGACAGGGCCAAACACCCUCUGUAGCCAAGAUGUUUUUAGUCCCUUUUUAAAAAACAACAACUUGAUUAUUCAUUGAAUCCUAUGUAACUCAUGAUCACUAUGUUAUUGUAUUAAUAUAAUUCUUAUUAUUACUACUGUUGCUAUUUUAACUCUAUCAUUUUACUAGUCAUCAUUUUAGUGGACCUCACUGUUUGUUAGUCUUUCUGGCAGACGUCUCUGCCGUUCCUCUCUUUCAGCCUAGGUAUUUAAUUUAGGGAUUGAGAAAGUGCGUGUGAUAUAUCUCAGUUGUGCAUCUUAACCCCCUUUGCAGUCUUCCCUCUCUAUCCUCUCCACCUCAGCAAGGACCUGAGCUGACAUUUUUUUAUUCAUUUCAAGGGGAAAGCAGAAUUAAGUGACACUUCUUCAUUCAAGAGUAAUAAGCCGUCUGUCUUUUGAACCACCCUUGGAUUCCUCUCUCGCUCCCUAGCUACUAAGUUAGAUUCUCUUGCCUCACCACUUAUAUUCCUUCUUCCUCCACCUCUUUCCUUCCCUCUUUCCUCCCUUUGUCACUUUAUUGUUCUUGCCAGACCUCCUUCUUAGGUGGAAGGUGAGAACCUGGGGGGUUGGAAGGGAAGGGAGUUAUCCAGAGUGGUUAGGGUAUAAUAUUGGUUGUGUCUUUGUGCAAGACUUGGUUCUGUUGUACAUAAUUACUCUAGAGUCAGUAGACUCACUAUAUUACAAGGAAAAAUGUGUAAUUGAUUAUAAAUUGACUAUUAAAGACAACAUUACCGAAGGUAAAAUUGUGAAAUGGGGAAAAAACAAAAUAACAUGAGUAUAAUUGUCAGUGUUACUCCUUGUUUUGCUGGUACAGUAUGCAAGAGAGGAAUUUCUAUGAAUAAUUUAAGUUUGUAUAUGUAUCUUACAAAUAAAUAGAUGUUCAAGUAA